GGUGUCUUUUGCUGUGGGCUAAAGUCCCCUGGUGAGGUCUAAACUUCAAAAGUGGCCUCACACUGGAACUUUUCCACAGGGAAAGUCAGGAGUAAACAUUGACCCAGGAUCGAUUGUUUCUGUGCAAGUUACCGACUGCCCCGGAGAGAGCGGCCAGGUCGCAUUUGACAAAGGGAGCUUCUCUUGGAAAGAAUCGCCACCCCCAAACCCAUAGAGGGACAGUCUCCCUGGCUCCGAAUUAAAAUCCUUCCUGCCAGGAUGGGGAGGAUGGCGAUGAAGUUGCUGGUUGUGCUUGCUCUUGGGACGAGCUACUGGUCUUGCUCAGGGUUCCCCGUGUACGACUAUGACCCGGCCUCCCUGAGGGAGGCCCUCAGGGCCUCUGUGGCGAAAGUGAACUCCCAGUCCCUGAGUCCGCACCUGUUCCGGGCGUUCAGAAGCUCACUGAAAAGAGUGGAGGUCCUGGAUGAGAGCAAUUUGAUCAUGAGUUUAGAGUUCAGCGUUCGAGAAACUACGUGCGGGAGAGAUUCUGGAGAAGAUCCUUCCACGUGUCCCUUCCAAGGCAGCUACUUCUCGCCAACAGCCGUCUGCAGGAGCGCCGUGCAGGUGUCGGCCGAGCAGGUGCGGGCCGUGCGGGCUCGCUGCAGCUGGGCGGCCGCGUCCUCGGCGUCGGCGUCCGAGUCCCUCAGCAGCGAGGAGAUGAUUUUCAGGGACAUGUUAGGAUCUCAUACGUGGAGAAAUAAUUAUCCAUUUGGUCUCGUUUCUGAUGAAUCCAGAAUCGGACAAUUUUACGAUCGGUCCCUUGGAGUCAAACCUCUGAAAUACAAAAUAGAUCAUGAGAAGGGUCCUUCCUCCUGGAAACAGACGGUACCCGAACUACCGGCACAGAGCAAGAAUAAAUGCUGGCCUUGAGUGACAGCCCCAGUCAUCCACUUGUCGCCAAGCCCUGGAGUCCUUCCUCUGCCCUCUCUCCAUGCUGUUUGCUCUGGUCCUGGCCUCAUCAUCUCUAGCCUGGUAUGUUUGGUAUCCUCCUGGUGGUUUUGUCUUGCUCCCCUCAAGGGUACCUGGGCACUGUCACCAGAGUUAUCUUAGCACGAGCCCUCACCAGGUCAAGGGCCCUGCCCACCUGCAGGCUGGAGUCUCAGCUCCCUCACGAUGUGGCACGAGAGCAGGCAGCCCCGGCCCCCGGUUGUGUGGCCACUGCCUGUGUCCCUGUCCCCAGCUUCAUGUGCCGCUACUCUCUGUCUCCCAACUUACCCAGGAAAGUGGCUCGCAGCUGACUAUUCCUAUGGGCCCCCAGCUGGGUCCCGCCUCCAUCCCCAGCCCCUCCUGCCGGAAUACAACACCUGCCCCCGCGUGCCCUGAGCCCAGCUCAACGUCCUCCCCGGAGCCCCUGUCCUCGGGCUUCCUGCACGUGGGCGCCUCUGCAACUGCACGGACCAUGCUGUGCUCUGACUGCUUCUAUUGUCUCCACUAGCUUGUGGGUUUCUUUUCCUAGGUCAGAAGGAGGCCUUGUUGAUCUUUGUAACCCCUGAUGAAUGCUCCAGCAUGUAUGUUUACUGAAUGGAUGGAUGGAUGGAUGGAUGGAUGGAUGGAUGGAUGGAUGGAUGAAUAUUCCUUCCCGUCAGCAGCCCCAUACCCUCAGAGCACCACUGCUGCGGCCAGCCUCCUCCUUCACCAGUUUGAUCGGCUCCUUCCUUCCCAACCUCACAUCACAGGCACCGCCUUAGGCCAGACUGAGCCCAACACCUGUCGGCAGCCUCUCAGGGGCCUCUCCGAUUCUUCCCGUUUUGAGACUUGGGCUUCCUUUAUGGGGCUGCGUCUCCAGCACCCAGACUCAGUCACCCCUUUUGUUUGUUUGAGGAGCUGCCGCCGUUCGUAGCUGCUCUAGCCCCCAGUGCCAUGGGAUCUGUUCUGGACAGUGCCCAGGACUCCCGGGUCUUGGGCGUCACUGCAGGAAUGUGUGUGCCACCGUGAUCUGAUUUGACCUUUUUCUUCUC